ACCAUUUAGACAUCUUCAGGCUGCUGCUAAGGGACUCGUUGACAGUCUGUGCUGCCUCACGAGAGGACCUCGCUCGAGCUAAUUUCGCGUAUUUGACAACAUUCUGCUUAGAGACUUGCAUUUGAUAACUUCAUAAACUAUAUUUUGCUGGGGCCUAGACCCGCGAGCGUGAGGCUACCCUAGCGACAGCCGGUUCGUUCACCAGGAUGGACGGCUUGCAGCGCAUGUUUGCGGGUAUGCGGGGAGCAGCAGCAGCUGGGCCCCCGACAGAUACGCCUCAGGUGGACACCGCAGAGCAGAUCUACAUCUCUUCCCUCGCAUUGCUGAAAAUGCUCAAGCACGGCCGCGCCGGUGUGCCCAUGGAGGUCAUGGGCCUCAUGUUGGGCGAGUUUGUGGACGACUACACGGUGCGGGUGGUGGACGUGUUUGCGAUGCCGCAGUCAGGCACAGGCGUCUCCGUGGAGGCCGUAGACCCCGUGUUCCAGACAAAGAUGCUUGACAUGCUUAAACAAGUGGGCCGCCCGGAGAUGGUGGUGGGCUGGUACCACUCACACCCCGGCUUCGGCUGCUGGCUGUCAGGCGUGGAUAUCAACACGCAGCAGUCUUUCGAGGCGCUGAACAACCGCGCGGUGGCAGUGGUGGUGGAUCCAGUGCAGAGUGUGAAGGGCAAGGUGGUGAUCGACGCCUUCCGCCUGAUCAGCCCGCAGACCAUGAUGCUGGGCCAGGAGCCGCGGCAGACCACCUCAAACCUGGGGCACCUCAACAAGCCCUCCAUCCAGGCGCUGAUUCACGGCCUGAACCGGCACUACUACUCCAUCGCCAUCAACUACCGCAAGAACGAGCUGGAGGAGCGCAUGCUCCUCAACCUGUCCAAGCGCGGCUGGACGUCGGGGCUGCGGCUGGCAGACUUUGCGCAGCACAGCGAGAGCAACGAGAAGGUCAUCAAGGAGCUCAAGGGCCUGGCGGAGAGGUACGACAAGGCGGUCAUUGAGGAGCAGGAGCUGUCACCCGAGGCGCGCAUCGUGGCGGGCGCGGGCAAGAUGGACGCCAAGAAGCACCUGGCGGCGCAGGUGAGCUCGGUGAUGGCGACAAACAUCGCGCAGAGCAUGGGAACCAUGCUGGACACGGUGGUCUUCUAAAGGGCCCGUCGCGCUACCACCUAGCGAGCCUGGCGGCCCGACAGGGCCAGGCGCCCAACAAGGCGUGGCAGCAAAACGCUUGCGGAGCACUUCCGUAGCUCAGUUGUAGCCGGCUGAUCCAACACCGGCCUCGUCGUGUAGGCGGAGCGGGUCAGUGGAGCCAGGUGUGUGUGUGGGGAUGAAGCAGCUAGGCGGCGCAGUGCCGUGGGGUGGUUGAUGGGUCGGUGGGUCUGGCUGCAGAGCGCAAGCUGUAUGUGGUUGUGGUUGUGGCAGCGGUGUUAGCUGGGUGAAUGCAGCUUGCGGGAAGGGACUGUGGCAAUGGCGGUAGGCCGCCAACGGCACAAUGUCUGGGGCGCAAGGAGUGUGUGCAUCAAGGAAUGGACUGGAGCGUGUGUGACGAGCAAGAAGGGCACAAAAAAGAUACAUGGAUGUAUGCAGGCGCCAACGCUCAGUAAGCGGUGCGCGACAGCGAACAGGAAACUUGCAGGCUGGAGAUGAGGCCGCGGGCCGCUGUCCCAUGUGCAAGGAUGGUACGUUGGGUCUGGAGCCACUGGUCUGGAGCUGUAUGUUAGCUUACAGUUCCUGGGGGUUAGACUGUGAGAGUUGAUCAACGGCAGAGGCGACGGAAGUACAUGCCAACUGGGUGUAGCCAUUUCUCAGUAUA